AUGGCACCUCGCAAGAAGACAGAAGAGAAGGCCACAGCCAACGAGGCCGCAGAUCUGGUGUUGGAGUAUCUACCCGAUGCAUGCACUACUGAACAACUCGCCACGCUCGACGAAACCAUUCUCGAUCUCCGCACACAAACCACCACUCUUGUCGCAGCCGCAAAGAACCUCCGCGGCUCACUGUCCAGCCUCAACUCUACGCUCAGCACAGCAGAUCUUGUCGCCAGUGUUACCACUCUUGAGACGGAGAAAGAGCAGAUCGAGUCUAGACUUGAUGGUCUGAAGAAGGGGAAAGCGAAGAAGGUCACGACAUCAGAGCGAGAAGCUAUUGAGAAGGAAUGGAAGAAGAGCAUUCGCGUGGCAAAGAAGAGGCAAAAGAUUGUGAAGGAGAUGUGGGAGAUGAUCGCGGAGCAAAUCCCUGAUCCACAAGAGAGAGAGGACCAGAGGGAGAGGUUCGAUCUCGACGGGUAA